AUGAGCAGACGAACCGUGCCACCGGCUGGACUGAACUCCUGCGAGAGGAUCAGGCCGGAACGACCCAGGAAUCCCAUUCAGAGACUCGUAUGGGGUCCAGGUUCUCAAUUUCAAGUCAGUCCAAUCGGUCUACCCGAGGACGAAGGUUCGAACCCUAGAAUGGCUCUGAGAAGAUUGCUGAGACUGUACGAAGGAAGACAGUAUCGAGAGGCAGCCAGUUUUCUCAUGAAGCUACCCCAAUACACUCUGAAGGCGACCCUACCGGAUAUUCCGGUGGACCUGUUGAUCGAAACUCUGCCGCACAGUCUGUCUCUGUUAGAGGCUCUCUAUUCGAGGCUGGUCGAGUUGAACGUGAGCGAUGCAAAGAUUCUGAGAGUGGAACAAGUCCUCUGGAGGGUGGUGCAUCUGAUUUCGACCAGCCAGGACCACUUCCGUUUGAGGAUCUGGAGCAAACUGCUGGUGUCCCUAGCCAGAUUGGCACCGAACGCGAGAAGUACCCUGGUCACGCGAAAAAGAUCUUUGGAAAGAGCCGUCGAGGGUUUGGGUAAACACGGGCUGGUACCUUCUUGCCAAGUGAACAAUCUGGAGAACGGUACCGCGUCGAAUUUGCUUCCUCUUCCGGUCGCGAUGAAAGAGGAGCUCGAGAACAGAAUCGAAGCAUACAAGUUGGCUGUGCACAAAGUCGAGAGCUUUGGGAAACACGCCAGAACUCACAAAGCUGAUCAAGGUGUACAAGCUGCCUCGCACCAGAGGCAACUUUCGCUCAAGUACAGCGAGAUUCAGCAGAGGCUGAUCGAUAAUCAGAGUCUACUGAACACGUUGGAGAAAGCUGGUGACCCGAGCGGCUUAGAAAGCUUGCUAUCCGAGCUGAAACGAAGGGUCGAACAGGACAAGGAGGCGCUCAGACAAUGGACGGCCUUGAGGAAAUCCACGCUAGCUGGAAACACGAAAAAUCCACCGUUGGCUGCCAGCCUCUUACAAUUCUCCAGGGGUUGCGAGCUGGCUCUGCAAUUGAUGGAUCAAGAUAAUCUACAGGUAUUCCAUCUGGCCGAGAAUCUGGCGGACGAUUACGAAGAGGAAUCCAGCAGCAGUGCCGGCUAUCAUACGGAUGAGAGUUGCAGUCCAACGCCGGAACCGGUGGUUAGGAAGGGCAGCUGCGAGAUUCUCAGGUUGGAGGAGAAUUUUUCGAAUGCAUCUUGCUGCGAGGAGGCGAGCACGAAACGACUGGUCGAAAGAUACGCUGCGCUGUACGGGCAAGCGCAUUUGCAUACCUUGGAUGCCUUGGACGCUUUGGAGCCAUUGAAAGACGCCCCCGACUUGAAAGCCAAGAUUCUCUAUUCAGUGGUCGUGCUCUCGUGGCGAUUGGCUGGCACGAUCCAGACGUCUAGAUACCUGGAGGUGGUAAAAAUUUUAAACGGUAGCAGCACCGCAAACGCGCGGACGACACCGGAGCUUGAGGAAUGCGUGAAGAGGCAGCUAGCGACUUCCGGCGCGGAAACCGGUUGCCGGGAGGUCGCGGAACAGGUGGUAAACCAGCUGGAAAGGACGUUGUACGACUUUCCGUGUCUACGGGGAUGCUCGGAGGUGAAGAAGUACGCGAUCGCUUGCUCCAGUUUGGCGUGGGCUUGUUUGGCACGCGCCACGCCGUUGGUCCUCGAUGUGGCCCACAGCGUGGAAUUCAGACGGGAAGUGCACGUGAGACAUCACGCCUCGCCGGAUCCCAACGGUACCAGGAUCAAGGCGGUCUUAUGGCCUGGUCUCAGAGAAGACUGCCAGGGACCUUGCCUUCACAAGGCUGUCGUUUUGACUAUUUGACGUUUUCAGGGCUCGAUCAAUUAUUCAGAGACGAUAUCCUCUGGCAAAGUGUCGCAAACUCUACUCCUGAUCGCGACACUUUGUCAAACAGGUAAAUUUUCUAAAGGAAUCGACAGGUGCUUUUUCAUCUAAUUUAGCUCUCCAUCGAGUUCAUUAUUGAAUCGAGUAAAGUAUUCUGAUUUAGAUUUUAGUUAUCUAAAAUAUCUCGUCCUAUAAUUUUUAAGUUGAAUUAAGUGUUUAUCGUAAGAUUCGCCUCGAUUAUCCUUGUAUCGAAUAACCGAUCGUAAAUACACGCUAUUUAAGGUAAUAAAACCCUCUGAAAUUUCAUCGGCUCGUUAAAUGUGCCAGGUGUAACGCACGAUAAAAUUCGCGAAAAAUAGAGCGAUCUUUCCCAAGUUAGACGUAAAUCGAUGAAACGUGCGAGAUUUCGAGUAACGUAAGAAUUAUCUACGAACUGGAACGGUGUAGAGGCAAAGUUGAGGUAUAGGAACAAAGUAAGAGAAACCGUAGAGAUUGUAUUAUAUAUGCAGUCUACGCCAUUGGCUGCUCCAAUUUCCACGCGUGCCUCGUCGCAGUCUUGAAUUUCCCAAGGGAAACCGGAAUUACAUUUACACUCGGCCUUAUGUAACAGAAACGCGUCGUCUUUACUGUUCCGAGAUACGGCUUUAACUUCAACGGAGCAAUGAGAUUUUUUAAUACCGUGUAGGGAAGCUAAGCUCGUCCCGGAAGGAAUCCAAGCUGUCUUCAGAUUCGCGAUGUAAAUCGAGAUAAACAAAAUACCCUCUCAUGAAAGUCGCUUAAUUCCGUAGAUCCGAUGCCAAGGCGGUCUGAAAGCGAACUCGAUAAUUAGCUCUAAUGCAACCCCAUAUUUUUUCCCUCGAAAUUUUAUGUUAGAACCGGAAGUAACGAAAGCUCUUUGGAAACUUUUCGUUCAGCCAGAUAUUUCCCUCCGUAAAGGAAGUCGUAACAACAGCAACGAAACUCGUGCAACUUUAUGUCCGACGUGUGUAGCCAUAGAUGGCCCGGAAGUAUCGGUGUUCCAGGACGAUAGCGACCAAAACGAUGAAACUCCUCCUCAGAGUCGACCUGUCCAAAUUCAUGACACGUACCUCCAAGUACUUUCCUCUUUUCUAAUACUAGAACCCGAGAAAUACUGUCACCCUCGUUACUGUACGAUGAGGACCGUCGUUUCUCUUUUCGCAAGAGUAAUGAAACCUUCUUUUAGGAAAAGAAAUUUUCAGUUUCUUUGAAUUUCAAAGGAUUUAUUAUAAAUCUUUUUCUAUAUACAUAAUUCAUACAUCGUUUCAACUGUCUCGCUCUCUCUCCGCUUGACACAGCAAGUACAAAAGUACACGAGAGGGUAACGUUUAACUUGGAUGAUGAAUCCUAGUCGAGCAGAAACGCCCUGGGAGAGAUUAAAACGCAGCUUGGUAAAAAUAAACAGUGAAUCGAGUAGAACAACGCGAGGGUGAAAUCACUCGACAGAUUCAUGUCUCUUCGACUCUGUCGAGCUUUCUCUUGUAUGUACAUCUAGCUUAAUAAAUACACUUUGAUUUUUCUCCCUUACGAUAGACGUCGAGUGCGACUAACUUGGCAAUCGUACGGGAUUUCUUUCGAAAUCGCGUCGAACCGUCUACCGUCAACCUGUGUAUCCACUCUAAAUUCUUAAUUUUAAUUUGAGUUUCAAAAGUAAAAGAAAAACGUUUGGUAUAAUGAGCUCUGAACAUUGAAUUUUAUCGGUAGACCGCGUUUAGUCGUUCAAUGUUACAAACUGUUAGAUAUACAAGGUGUCCCGUAUCACUUUAAAACUACUUCAAAAAUCGAAGUCUUUUACCUCUGUUUACCUUCGCGACAAACCUGUUUUUCUAGAGUGAACGUUCAAUUAACUUAAACCUAUUAAGAAACAUAUUUCAUUGAGAUACAAGGUAGUCGUGUCGAACACCUGCGAAGGUGAGCAGAUACAUUACAUACUUUGCGAAGGUAAGUAGAUACAGAGAUCGCGAGGAAACAGACUUACUUAAAAAAAAUGAAAAACAAGGACAAACUAUGAUACGUGUUUCUAUGAACGCUUCACGAAGCACUACCAAGUAGUUCGUGUUACGGGACACCGUAGAUAAUACAAGCUACUUCGUAACGAUUUACCCUACAUAAAUACUGUUACGAACAGUGUGAAUACCUCUUUCCAGGUCAUCGCCGCUAAGAAACGUAU